AUGACUAUUGCUGCAUAUGCGUAUGAAACAAAUGAAGCAAGAAGAGCACAUGAACUAGUAAACGAAAACUCAACUUUAACCAUUGAAGGCAAUGAUUUAGUCAUUGACGAUGGAAAAACUAAAAAAGUCAUUGAUUUCGAUACUUUUAACACUUAUGACCCAUUCAUUACAACAAGCAAGGUUCCCAUCAUAAAUGAUGGAACGGUGCAAUAUAUAAAUUCUACAGUAGAUGCCUCAUUAGUGAAAGUAUUAAAUGUUCUCAUUGAAUUGUUAAAGAGCUUUCGAUUUGACGACAACAUUAAAUGCUUAAAGAAUUUAGUCAUGAAUGAGAAACAAAUUCUCGGCGUUGCUGGUAGCAGUAAUGAUGUACACCUUAUGACAUUAUAA